AUGCUGAAUUUUCAGAAGUGUAAACGGUUCGACGCACUGACAAGGCUACUAAUCAUAUGGACCAACGCCCACAAGCUCGACAUUCUGUCCAAUGACUAUCCUUUCCCCCUCGAUGUUAUCGAUCUUGAACAGCGCACGCGACACGCCAAGGUGAUGUUGGUGGACUCACCUGUAUCAGAGAUCAAAUUCAUCUCAGGGCGGCAGCACAAAUGGCUGCUGACCGCAUCCAAGGGGACACGGUCAGUCCUGAUGAUCUGGGACAUCGUGGAGGCGGAUGUGACAGUUAACGAUAACCCAGAUUCUGAAGCCAGUGUCAUGGUGUCAUUAUCGCAGAUAAUUGUGCUCCUGCACUUGGACGAUGAUGGAACAUUUCAUGAAAUCUACUUCAUCAACAUCAACCUCCGCCUUCUCCACUACGCUCAUCUACAACUGGAAGACCGGCGAGCGCACACACCUCGACACGCCGCGCACCCGUUGCCUCCAAAUCAUUUAACCCCGCCCACGGACCUCGUCCUGCAUGCCCAGUCCAUCGCUCUCUACGUCCUUCCAUCACCCACGCUUGUCUCCAAAUAUUCCUUUGGCUGGGUCGACGGUGCCAGUGCAACCCCCACCUCCAUCCCUAUCCGCAAUAACAUAACCCUCUGGGAUAACAGCAUGAAUCCUUCCAGCACUACUCCCUAUCAUCCUUCCCGCCAAUGCUCACCAGUAAAACAUCCUCCUUCCAUCGAUCUACUCGAUGUUCGGACAUCAUCCUCGGCAAGCGGGCCACUCCCAUCACCGCAAUCGGGAGGAGCAGAACAGUUACGAGACCCUCGUGGCUGCUGUCUUCCCCAGUCCGCUUAACCACACCGAGAAUGCCCGUGUUCGCACGAUCUGCUAGAAUAAUUUUGAUAAUUGGAUGGCGUUGGAUUAUGACGAGGACCUUGGAAGGAUCGCGCU